AGAUAUAGCUACCUCUAGGGGGACUCGGGAGCUGUUAGUACCACUGCGUGUGUAGGCUAUGUGUGUGUAUAUAUAUGCAUUCUAGGGAGAGGGAUAGAGUCAGGGAGGCAGAAACGACAGGAGUAAAUGUAGGGAGAGCGGGACGCGAGCCUAAUGCACUAUUGCAAUUGUGAAACCAUCGCCCUAGUCCCUGAUGCACGAGGACGCAACCGCGGGAGCCGCUUGCACUGACACCGAGGACAACGACACGGCGGCUUGGACGGAACUGUUCGACAGGGAGGGCUGUGUGAAUCUUGUUAAAUAUUAUGUUCGCGGUGAGUCCUUGCUCUUUCGAGGGUGUCCUGUCCUAAUGUAUGCAGGCGUUUGGAGGAUAAGCGUUGUCGGAGAGACGGUCCCCCAAACCUGCCUGCCGAUCGGGUGCUGGCAUCGAAUUCAGGACUGACCCUCAAACUCACGCCUUCCUCACGAACCUCAUCACCCCAAACACACAGUUAAGCAGACUCACUGCACACACACACACACACACCACACACACACGCACACACAAAUACCGCUGCCUUCUUACCGCUCACGAGGAUAGAUGCGUGCCCUAGCUCGGGGGAGCAGGGUCGGGACACAAGCCAGAACCCACACAGGAUGUCCUGGGUCAGUGGGUUCCUAGUCGCACGGGUGGACGACCAGAAGUCGGCGUGGGGGGAGCGCAAUGGCAGCAGGUCCAAGCGGAAAGGCGGCUCCCUGUGCAACCCUCGCUACAUGAGCUGCCUGCGGGACCCCGAGGCUGGGGACCCGCCCCCUCAGACUCCGCCCCAGCACCGUGGGGGCGGGGCCGGGGGCGGCGGCAACUUCGGCCAGCGCUGCGGCUGGCAAGAGGACCACUACGGCAAAAAGGGAGGGGGCGGGGCGGAGGUGGGGCUGAAGUCGGUGGACCUUAGCUUCGAAGACGGCGAGCUGAAGGGGAGGAAAGGCUGGGGGGUGGGCGAGGCGGGGCUGGAGGAGGGCGGGGCGAUGGGCGGGGUGACCGCCGCCGACUGCUGGCUGCGGGUGGUCCAGGUGUUCCAGUCCAAGAAGUUCCAGUCGACCAAACUGGAGCGGCUCUACCAGCGCUACUUCUUCCGGCUCAACCAGAGCUCCCUCACCAUGCUGAUGGGCGUGCUGGUGGUGGUGUGCGGCGUGAUGCUGACCUUCCACUGCGUCCACGCCGCGCCGGACGUGGCCUACUCCUCCGUGCUGUCGGUGGCCAUGGCCCUCUUCCUGGCCAUGAUGGUGGUGUGCAACCGCAACGGCUUCCACCAGGACUACAUGUGGAUGGUCAGCUACCUGGUGAUCGGCGUGCUGUUCGUGGUGCAGGCUUUCGGCGUCCACAAGGUGGCGCCCCGCAGUGCCUCGGAGGGCAUCUGGUGGUCGGUGUUCUUCAUCUACAUCAUCUACACGCUGCUGCCGGUGCGCAUGCGGGCCGCCGUGCUGAGCGGCGCCGUGCUCUCCUCCAUACACCUGAUCACCGCCUGGAGGCUCAACCUGGACGACAGCUUCCUGUGGAAACAGCUGAGCGCCAAUGUGCUGAUCUUCCUGUGCACCAACAUCAUCGGGAUCUGCACACACUACCCAGCGGAGGUGUCCCAGAGACAGGCCUUCCAGGAGACGCGCGGCUACAUCCAGGCCCGGCUGCACCUGCAGAGGGAGAACCAGCAGCAGGAACGCUUGCUGCUGUCCGUGUUGCCAAGGCACGUUGCCAUGGAGAUGAAGGCAGACAUCAAUGCAAAGAAAGAAGACAUGAUGUUUCACAAGAUCUACAUCCAGAAGCAUGAUAACGUCAGCAUCCUGUUUGCAGACAUCGAAGGUUUCACUAGUUUGGCAUCGCAGUGUACAGCACAGGAGUUGGUCAUGACUCUCAAUGAGCUUUUUGCUCGCUUUGACAAACUGGCCUCGGAGAACCACUGCCUCCGCAUCAAGAUUCUGGGCGACUGCUACUACUGUGUGUCUGGACUUCCUGAACCCAGGGCUGACCACGCCCACUGCUGUGUGGAGAUGGGCGUGGACAUGAUUGAGGCCAUCUCGCUGGUGCGAGAGGUCACUGGGGUCAACGUGAACAUGCGUGUAGGGAUCCACAGUGGGCGUGUCCACUGCGGGGUCCUGGGUCUGCGGAAGUGGCAGUUUGACGUGUGGUCCAAUGAUGUCACGCUGGCCAAUCAGAUGGAGGCAGGGGGCAAGGCAGGGCGUAUCCACAUCACCAAGGCGACGCUGCAGUACCUGAACGGUGACUACGAGGUGGAGCCCGGGUUCGGGGGGGACAGGAACGCCUACCUGAAAGAGAACAGCAUUGAGACCUUCCUGGUGCUGGGCUGCAGUCAGAAACGGAAAGAGGAGAAGGCGAUGAUGGCAAAGAUGCAGCGGGCGCGGGCCAACUCGACAGAGGGUCUGAUGCCUCGCUGGGUUCCUGACCGGAGCUUCUCCAGGACCAAGGACUCCAAAGUGUUCCGACAGAUGGGCAUUGAUGAGACCUCCAGUAAAGAUAAUCGGGGAGCUCAGGAGGCACUGGACCCUGAAGAUGAGGUGGAUGAAUUUUUGGGGCGCGCUAUAGAUGCCCGCAGCAUUGACCAGCUGCGGAAAGAUCACGUCAAGAAGUUUCUGCUCACCUUCCAGACCGCGGAGCUGGAGAAGAAGUACUCUAAGAAGGUGGAUGAUCGCUUUGGGGGAUACGUUGCCUGCACUCUGCUAGUCUUCUGCUUCAUCUCCUUCAUACAGAUCGUCAUCUUCCCUCAUACCCCACUAAUGCUGGGCAUUUACAUAAGCAUCUUCAUCAUACUGGCCAACAUCCUCUUCAUCUGUGCCAUCUACUCCUGCAUUAAGUUGUUUCCAGUUGCCAUGCAGACUGUGUCGAAGAAGAUUGUGCAAUCCCGUACCAACAGCACCCUGGUGGGAGUGUUCACCAUCCUCCUGGUGUUUGUCUCUGCCUUUGUGAACAUGUUUGCCUGUAACACAGAGAGCCUGAUAAAAUGCAUUUCCAACGACUUCAACAUCUCUGAGGAGUCUGUGAGUGUCUGCCUCAUACACAACCUGUCCCAGUCUGCGCAGGAUAGGCUGAUCCACUGCCCCGGCCCGGCCCCGCCCUGUCACUUCCCUGAGUACUUCAGUUACAGUGUCCUGCUGACGCUGCUCGCCUGCUCAGUGUUCCUGCAGAUCAGCAGCAUUGGAAAACUGGCUCUCAUGCUGCUCAUCCAGCUCUCUUACCUGCUCAUAGCGGAGUGGCCACAGGGGGCGCUGUUCGACAACGCCGACCUCUUUGUCACUGCCAACGCCAUUAAUCAAAGAACUUUCAACGAAACUCUGGAAGGGACCAGUUUCAAUGAAACAGAGCCAUGCCAGGAGAGCAUGACCAAGGUGUCGCUGAAGGUCAUGACCCCAGUGAUCCUGACAGUCUUUGUGCUGGCGCUCUACCUACACGCCCAGCAGGUGGAGUCCACGGCACGCCUGGACUUUCUGUGGAAACUGCAGGCGACGGAGGAGAAGGAGGAGAUGGAGGAGCUGCAGGCCUACAACCGGCGCCUGCUGCACAACAUCCUGCCCAAGGACGUGGCGGCGCACUUCCUGGCGCGGGAGCGGCGCAACGACGAGCUGUACUACCAGUCCUGCGAGUGUGUGGCCGUCAUGUUCGCCUCCAUCAGCAACUUCUCCGAGUUCUACGUGGAGCUGGAGGCCAACAACGAGGGCGUGGAGUGCCUGCGGCUGCUCAACGAGAUCAUCGCCGACUUCGACGAGAUAAUCAGCGAGGAGAAGUACAGACAGCUGGAGAAGAUUAAGACCAUCGGCAGCACCUACAUGGCAGCGUCGGGCCUGAACGACUCCACCUACGACAAGGAGGGCCGCUCCCACAUCCUGGCGCUGGCCGACUACGCCAUGCGGCUCCGGGAGCAGAUGACCUACAUUAACGAGCACUCCUUCAACAACUUCCAGAUGAAGAUUGGUCUAAACAUGGGGCCGGUGGUUGCUGGGGUCAUCGGAGCCAGGAAGCCGCAGUACGACAUCUGGGGGAACACGGUCAACGUGGCCAGCCGCAUGGACAGCACCGGCGUACCCGACCGCAUCCAGGUGACCACAGAUCUGUACCAGGUUCUGGCCAGCAAAGACUACCAGCUGGAGUGCCGGGGUGUGGUCAAGGUGAAGGGGAAGGGGGAGAUGACCACCUACUUCCUGAACGACGGACCGCCCAGCAGCUAGCAGCAGCCGCAGGAGGCUUCCUACUGUACAGACACGGAGACGGACUGACUCAGAGACACGAGCUUCUGGAUACACAAACACACAAACGCACGCACGCACACAUGCACACGUGUACAUGCACACACACACAUACACAAACACACACCCACGUACAUACACACCCACAUGCACACACACGCACACACAUACACAAACACACACCCACACACACAUACACAAACACACCCACAUGCACACACACACAUACACAAACACACCCACAUGCACACACACACACACAUACACAAACACACCCACAUGCACACACACGCACACACAUACACAAACACACCCACACACACACACACAUACACAAACACACCCACAUGCACACACACGCACACAUACACAAACACACCCACAUGCACAAACACACACACACACACACACACGUACACACGCACUCACAUUCGAGACUCGCAUGAGAGUCGCUUGCCCGAGAGAGAAAGUGUGUGUGUGUGUGUACCUCUGUUUUUGUAUGUGCGUUUGUAUGUGUGUGAGCGCAUGUGAGUAUAUGUACAUAGUUUGAGCAUGAGUGUGCGUGUGCGUGUGUGUGUGUGUGCAUUUGCGUGUGUGUAAGUUUCUCCGUCCCAACAUACUCCCAGAGGCAAAUUUGAAGGAAAAAGUAAAAUAAUAACAAUUUUAUUUAAUGAAGGCCUUUUGCCUCAGAAGGAAAGUGACUGAAUAUUACACCACAUUUUUUAUUUGUAUGUUUUUUUUUUUCAAGUUUUGUUUAUUUUGGGAGAACUAUAAAUACAGGUACUUAGACUGCAAUUCUGGAGUCUUUAUUUAUUUAAUUGAUGGAUUUUGCAGGAACAUUAUGAAACAGUACACCUGUGUGUAUAUAUACAUAUAUAUGUAUAUGUAUAUAUAAACUGAGAAGAAAAAAAAUGACCAAAGAACAAGUAUUUAAUAUGAGAAAGCAAGACACAUUUGUCCCACGUUGAAGCUUAUGCUGAGCAGUUAUGAAAUUCAGCUGUUUUCGUUCUUCUGUCGGACCUUGUUUUAUGGCAGUUUUGUGGCAGUUGCCCAUCUUUUUGUCCCGGUGCAGACAGCAGUGGCCACAGUAACGCCUUUCUUCUUGGUGUGGAUGAACCAAGGUCUUGUUCGUUGCACAGUGUUUAAGGACAACGGUGAAAUCAAAGACUUGAUUUCUGACUCUUUUUUUUGGUCUUUUGACUCAAACAAGAGGAGGAACGUAGUCUGAGGCCUCCAGGGACUAAGAAGCCUGGGGCUGGAUUUCUGCUCUCCCCAGCCCAGGGCACUGAGGGCCUGGGACGGACAGGGGUCUCCUGAUGGCACCUGGACCCUGUGCUUGGUUGGUUGGACUCUCGGUUGCAUUUUUUCUCUUUCAAAAAAUAUUUUUGGUAUAAAACAUAAGAAAACAAAUACACUUCUGAAAUGGGAUACAAGCUAUGGCAUUGGAUACUAUGGUACUAGACCAUAUGUUAUGUUCUAAUUGUUAUAGAAAACAUUUUUUUACAGAAUACUGUGUGUACAGUAUGUGUGUAUACAUGUCUUUGUGUGUGUGUGUGUGUGUGUGUGUGAGUGUGUCUGCAUGGAUGCGUGUAUGUGUGCCUGCCUGCAUAUGUAUGUACACAACGUAUGUGUGUACACGUCUGUGUCUGCUAAGCGUGUGUGUGUGCGUGCGUGGGUAUUAUGACUGAAUACUGUGCUUUAGAUUCUCUUCAAGGGGCAUAACUUUUCACUGUGAGGUCUAUGUGAUAUGACAGAUUGCUUUCUUGCCAAAUUAACUGCUCCAAAGCAUGUCAGAUUGUGGUCUCCUCUGUUUUUAGUUUGUGUUUAUUUAUGGUUUUAACGUUGCUUGUUUUUUUAAUCACCUCUUAUUAAUCUUUUUAUUUAUGUUAUGCUGAUUACAAUGAUUCCAUUCCAAACCUUGAGGGUCAAAGGUCACAGUAGUUAUGCGGAAACCGCUUCACGCGAGGAAAGCACAAGCCUAGCUAGUACCGAUCGUCGGCAGAUAGUGAAACAGAUCCAGCAUUGCAUCACACGUGCGAUAUUUAAGAAAGUGCCCGUCAAUAUAAUUGUACUUGGCCAGGAACUGUUACUUAUUAAGAUAUUAUUGUUUUGGCUAGGCAGCAAGAGCAGGAUGACGUAUCUGCUGAAUACGAUUGAUUGGUAUGGUAUAUGGCAGGAUUACCUCUUUGCUGUGUCCCCUGGUACACAGUACUAGGCUCAGUGUUGAGGCUCUGUUACCCUCUCAUGUCUUUGAACAAAUCGCUUAAGGUUUGUUAAAGGCGAACGCCUGAGAUUCGUAGACUUGUGGAAGACGGCCUGAAAAAAGGUACAGCGAAACCGCAGGAGUUGUUAUCGGUAUUUUGUGUUUUUAAAAAAAUGUCUGAACAUUACAUUUGCCUUAAAAAAUAAAUAAAAUAAUUAGAAUCCCUUACCGAUAUUCAAGGUGCCUCUGUUCCUUUUGGCGCUGUGUGUUAAGAACCUGAGAUGUAAAACAUGUCAGAAUAUAUUUUACAAUCUUAAGAAGGUGCAGUAGCGAAAUUAACUGAUGGAGAAAGUACGGACAGCUCACGUGUCACUGCUAAGUGUGUUGGAAAGUAAUCGCUUCAGCUCGCUCUCUCUUUCUCUCUUCCGGCUGUUGUCUCGGCUCGUUAGCUGGCACUAACGGGUGCCCCCGUCGAUCAUAACGAUUGAUCGGUACCUGUCUGAACAGUCAGUGCUGCGCCUCCCUCACUUCCCUCAGACGUUUUGCUGUUUUCGGAGCUAGUAACACUGUGCGGCACGCGGGGGCUUGAGGAGGAAGCUGAUUGGCUGCAGAAGGACUGCGAGGGGUACUUGUUCUGAAACCGAGCAGCUUUUCAAACUGCAGUGUCGGUCUGAUGAAGUAGGAAUGUUUUUUUUAAUUCCAGUAAAUCAUAUGGUAACUAAAAUGAAAAUGAUUUCUUAUGAAGAUGGAAAAAAAACAUGAAAAAUGAACAUUUUCCCCAUGGAAACAAAUAAAUGGCUGUUUAAUUUUG